AUGGACAAGAUGUUCAAAAACGGCCACGCCGAGGAAGCUCCACCGAUUCGAGAAGGAGAAGAAUACAUAAUCAACAGCCUGCUUGGAGUGCUCAUCCGAUGCCGGAAGGAAACCGUGGCCAUUACUGUGGACAUUAGGCACAUGUUCUACUGCUUCCUGGUACAAGAUGACCACCGAAAUUCUCUGAGAUUUCUGUGGUUCCGCAACAACAACAUCUACACUGACGUGGUGGAGUACCGAAUGAAGGUACAUGUGUUUGGAAACAGCCCGUCACCAGCAGUUGCAACGUACGGGCUGCGGAGAACAGCACGAGAAGGAGAGAAAGAAUUUGGCAGCGACGUCAGGCAGUUCAUCGAGACGGAUUUCUAUGUCGACGAUGGGUUGAAGUCUCUCUACAACGACAAGGACGCCAUCAGCCUAAUACGCCGCACGCAACAGAUGUUGGCCGCAUCAAACCUUAAGCUCCACAAUAUAGCGUCUAACUGCCCUACAGUGUUGGAAGCCUUUCCAGAAGAAGACCGUGCCAAGGAUUUGAGGAUCUUGACUUGA